GGCGCGGCCGCCCCGCCGAGGCGCGGGGCGCUGCGGGCCCGCUGACCGCGUCCCCCGAGGGCUCCCCGCGGCCAUGGCGCCCGCCUGGCCCUGGCUGCUGCUGUGGCUGGGCGUCGUGCGCGCCCUCCCGGCCCCGCCGCGCAUCCGCCUGCCGCUGCGGGGCGGCGCGGCCCCGCCGUCGGGGCUCCGGCAGCGCCGGGCGCCGCUGGACGCCGAGCCCGACAGCUCCGGCAGCUUCGUGGACAUGAUCGACAACCUGCGGGGCAAGUCGGGGCAGGGCUACUACGUGGAGAUGACGGUGGGCAGCCCCCCGCAGAAGCUGAAUAUCCUGGUGGACACAGGGAGCAGUAACUUCGCUGUGGGAGCUGCACCACACCCCUUCCUCCGGAGAUACUACCAGCGGCAGCUGUCCAGCACCUACCGUGACCUGCGGAAGGGGGUGUAUGUGCCCUACACCCAGGGCAAGUGGGAAGGGGAGCUGGGCACUGACCUUGUCACCAUCCCCCACGGCCCCAACGUCACUGUCAGAGCCAACAUCGCUGCCAUCACGGAGUCUGACAAAUUCUUCAUCAACGGCUCCAACUGGGAAGGGAUCCUGGGGCUGGCGUAUGCCGAGAUUGCCCGGCCCGACGACAGCCUGGAGCCCUUCUUUGACUCCCUGGUGAAGCAGACGCGGGUGCCCAACAUCUUCUCCCUGCAGCUGUGCGGGACAGGCUUCUCUCCCAACGAGACAGAGGCCGUGGCCUCGGUGGGAGGCAGCAUGAUCAUCGGGGGCAUCGACCGCUCGCUGUACGUGGGUGACAUCUGGUACACCCCCAUCCGCAAGGAGUGGUACUACGAGGUCAUCAUCGUCAAGCUGGAGGUCAACGGGCAGGACCUGAACAUGGACUGCAAGGAGUACAACUACGACAAGAGCAUUGUGGACAGCGGGACCACCAACCUCAGGCUGCCGAAGAAGGUGUUUGAGGCUGCGGUGAAAUCCAUCAAAACAGCAUCUUCGACGGAGAAGUUCCCAGACGGCUUCUGGCUGGGGGAGCAGCUGGUUUGCUGGCAGGUCGGCACCACCCCCUGGCACAUCUUCCCGGUGCUGUCCCUCUACCUGAUGGGGGAGGCCACCAACCAGUCCUUCCGGAUCACCAUCCUGCCCCAGCAAUACCUGCGCCCGGUGGAGGACGUGGCCACCUCUCAGGACGACUGCUACAAGUUUGCCAUCUCCCAGUCCUCCACGGGCACCGUCAUGGGCGCCGUGAUCAUGGAGGGUUUCUACGUGGUGUUUGACCGCGCCCGCAAGCGCAUCGGCUUCGCUGUCAGCGCCUGCCACGUGCACGACGAGUUCCGGACGGCGGCGGUGGACGGGCCCCACCUGCACUCCAACAUGGAGGACUGCGGCUACAACAUCCCGCAGACGGACGAGUCCACGCUGAUGACCAUCGCCUACGUCAUGGCGGCCAUCUGCGCCCUCUUCAUGCUGCCCCUGUGCCUCAUGGUGUUCCAGUGGCGCUGCUUCCGCUGCCUGCGGCGGGACCACGACGACUUUGCCGACGACAUCUCCCUGCUGAAGUGAGGGCAGAGCGGGCACAGCCCCGGGGCUGCAGGUGAGGCAGCAGGGCAGGGCCUCGCUCCCGGGGUGUGGUGGAGUGUGGGGAGCUCACCCUGGGGACUCGGUGUCCAUCAGGGCCAGCAGCCAGGGGAGCUCCAUUCGUCUGGGAGCUGCAGCAGGAGCGUGGCACUGGGAGAGCUCAGCAGCCCCAUCCAGGGCGCUGGGGGCAGCUUCUGUGCUCCAGCACCAGGACAGGACCAAGCUCUCCCACCCAUCCUGCCUGGCUUGAUGGAGUGACGCUGCUGAGCCAUCCCCUGCCUGUCCCCCUCCAUCCCUGUGCGUCCCUUUCCAGCUCGUCCCGUGGGGAAGCUGCCAGCCCAGGCUCUCCUGUAGGGAGCUGUGCUGCAGCUGUGCCUCCCCUGUGAUUCCCUGCACUGAGCCAGACUCCAGGGAUCACCCUGGAGCCAUCCAGCCUCGGGCUUUUCAGAGACAGCCCUGCAGGGCCAGCCUGGGCUGCCCAGACAGGGCUUUCCCUCCUGCCCUGCUGCCCCUACACCGCUCACUCUCACAUUUCCCCUGCAUUUUCCUGCCUUCCCGAGCUGUGCUGCUGCUGCUGCCAGCCCCAGGACUCCCUGCACCCUCCUGGGACAGGCAGGAGCAGGCACCCAUCCUCUCCCCACAUCACAUGGCAUGGGAAGCUCCCUGCCCUGGCUUCCAGCAUCAGCAGCGGCUGCCAUGCAGAAGCCAGUGCCAGGAGUGGGGUUCCCAGCCCUGGCAGGGGCUGCUCCCCAGCCCACCCAGCCCUUUGUAAGCCAUAGGGGAGCCUGGACCCCCCUGCAGCCCCCCAGCUCACCGCCAGCGCACCCCACGGCACAGCAGCUCCUCCCUGCUCACUCCACACGUCCAGGCCUGGCUGUGAGACACCCUGGCGUCCCGGGGACAGGCGGCAGCUGCGGGAACUGCAGCGUUUAUUGUUUUGUAAACACAUGGUUGUAUUUAUUUUUUUUUUUCUUUUUACAAAGCGUGUCACUGGUAGCGCGUUGAGAGCGUGUACAGAGCCGGUCCCACGUGUACAGAGCACGGCUGCCUCUCACCUGUACAGUAUAUCCAUAUAUCUCUAUUUUUAAUUCUAGCCCUGAAAGCCACUGUUCCAACGUUAGGGGUCGGUCCUGUUUUGUUUUGGGUUUUUUUUUUUAAAUCUUUUUAGCCUUCUGCUCAGCCAUUGUUGGCAGCACGCAGGGCCAGGGCUCACAGUGCAGCCCCGUGUGUGUGGUGGGAGAUGUGGUGGUGGCUCGAGGAGGGGCUGCCGGGCUGGAGCACGCAGAGCAGUGGCUCACAAGCCCAAAGGACCCUGAGCACAGAAGGCGCCUCUGUCCUCAGAGAGGAUUUUCGGUGUGUGAGGAUCCUCCCCGUGCUGCAGGAUCACCGUCCCUUCCCCAGAGCAGACACCUGUGACCCUGCAGGCAGUGGUAGUGCUGUGUUCCCUUGCUUCUCUGCCUCCAGCCUGGGUAGGAAAGGGCUCAGACACGGAGAUUCCACAGUUGAAAGGCAUCACUCCUCCAUGAAUGCAGAGGGCAUACCUGCAGUGCCAGGGCUGAGCUGGCAGCUGCCCACGGAGCCACCGGGUCAGGCAGGGACAGACUGGGCACCCACAGCACUCACCGAGCACAGAGCUUGGUAAUUAACCCUGCAGCCAAACGUCUCUCUGGGAAGGCAGCGAGGGAGCCAGGAAACACCGGCAGAGUAGGAAAGCAGCCACCCUGCAGGGGCACUGCCACAACAGCCCCCACACUGCCCCUGCUCACACCGAGCCCCCAGCCCCGCUCCAGACCCCACCCAGCCACUCCCUGCAAGAGGACAACGCUCUCCCCCACCCUCGUGCCUGCCCAGGACCCCCAGGACCCCAGAGACUCUGUUGUGGACCACUGCCUUAAAACAUGCCCCGAGAGCUGGGUGGGCACCGGGGCUGCCAGCAGUGCCCGGUUCCUGCCACCGACUGCCAGGAAAGGGAGGGGGGAUUUUUAGAGAGUCAUUGCCAGAUUUUCAGCGGUGCUGAGCACCUCGCAAUCCCACCGAGAUCCAUGGAGAAAGGGUUGGUGAGCCAGCCCAGCUUUAGCAGGAAGGACAGGAGGGGGAACGCAGGAAUUGGGACAGGUUGGUUUAUCCCGAGCUGCAGCGCAGCCGCGUCCCUGUGCUCCCUCCCCGGGCCCGGGGACAGCAGGGGAGGGGACAGGACAGGAUGGGACCACGGGCUGUCGCUGGAGGCUCCAGUACUCUGUAACCCAGUGUCUAUGUAAGAACAAUGAAUGUUAACACGGUAAAUUAUUAUGACAUUAAAAUAAAUGACCACAAAAAUCG